AUGAAUUUGGGACUACUUGUUUUUGUCGUUGUACAAGUUUGGAUUGCGGAAGCUGGACCUAUCAUAGAAUCGACAACAAGUUCUGAUUUAUGUCCUUGUUCCAAAAAUGGGACAAGUCAGGUUCAAUCAAGCGUGACGGGAUCUGUACCUAUGGGAUUGCCCUCAUCAUUCAACAUGGAACAUAUGCAUACCACUCUGGUUCAUGGAAUGCCUUGUGUUUGCAAUGUCGGAUUCAGAAGUGCGGCUGUCAGAGAUGACUAUCACUAUACUCCUGGAGUUGGAGCUCAUAAACUUCACACCAGAGCUGUCAUCUGGAAUGAAGCCAGGAAGAUGUGUAACGACGAGGGUGCACAACUAGCUAUCAUCAAUUCAUUCACUGAAGCUCAUGUACUAAUGGAAAUGUUCAACCGGUCUGGGCCAGUAAAGGGAGCAUCCUACGAAGACGUGGCCUUCCUAGGCAUUCACGAUUUAUACAAAGAGGGCGAGUGGGUGACCAUCCAGGGAGAUUCUCUUUUCAAGACCGGCUACACGCGGUGGAGCGACAAAUGGGGCGGACAACCCGACAACGGAGGUGGCAAACAAAAUUGUGGUGUCUUCCUCAAAGAGGGCGGUCUCGACGACGUUUCUUGUGAGGUGCCUUUCGCCUUCUUCUGCGAAAUUUCCAACGUACAGUUCCUUCACUGAAUGCCAAUAGACUCCUCAUUAGGGUGGUCCACAAAGAAAUAAAUGCAUUUUUUGUUGUUCAAAAAAAUAGUAUUUAGAGGCGUUUUAUAGGGUUCAAUAGAGUUUUAUAUGAUUUUAUAGGAUUUUAUA